CGCAAAUCUAACCUACUCCUCAUGGCUGUACCUUGGUGAGAGCUUUCGUCCGCCAUGUCCAUGGAGAUUGGAAGCAACCACCACCACCACCACCAGGGGGACGAGACUGGCGAUCUAAUGAAGCCGGACUCAGAAUACCCGCCGGGGCUGCUGCGAGGAGGAGCACCUGCCACGAACCGGCGGCAGUUCCAGAAGGCCAUUCCGGCGCCCGUUAUGUCAUUCAGGCAGCCCACCGCCGACACGCCGAUGCCCCAUCAUCAGGCGCAGCUCCGGUUCCACGGCCGCCACGGCGGAUCCAGGCCGCCGUUCAAUUCGCCUGGGAGCAACCCUAGUGCCGCCGAUGGCGUCGCGUCCAGAAAUCAGCAGCGUUCCACCGCCAUCGGUGCCGCCGUGUCCAGGUCCGCGGUUGGCGUCUACGCACCAACCCGGAGCAUACGGAAUCCAAAGUCAACACUAAUGACUAUGUUCUACGACGGCGCCGUCAACGUGUUCGACGUCCCGGUGGACAAGGCCCAGGAGAUUAUGGUUUUAGCAGGCAGGGCUUCUGUUUCAAGCCCACCCAGUGCAGUCCAGAAGCCUGAUUUUCCUGCCCCGGCCAAUACAUCAGGAUUUCCGGUGCCCGGGGCGAGGAAGAUUAUAAUUCAGAAACCAGGAGAGACCAUGGCACCUCAUGUAUCAGUCAUUUCAAGUCCGAUCCCCGUCGUGUCACAAUCUCCGACGAUCUCCAAGAGCACGCCAGGCUACCAAAAUUGCACUCCAGCUCCGACGACAUACUCAGGCAUACCAUCAUUAGUUGUUCCGCCGCUAAGUAAUGCACCCUCAGCUCAACGGAUGCAACAAGCAUCUACUGCUGUUGCAGCAGCUAUUAAGCCAAUUGCUGUCCAUCAAUCUCGGAAAGCAUCUCUAGCCCGAUUCUUGGAGAAGCGGAAAGACAGAGUUUCAAGUGUCACGCCAUACUCAUUGCCAAAGAGCCCGCUAGCGAGCACCGGUACCUUGGGCAGUGCGAGCACUGCAAGCAAGUUAUCUCGUGCAGACAUUGCUCCAUCCGGCAACAAUUGCCACGAGUCUAUGAGCAUGGACAUGUACAAUGAUGAUAGCUUAGCAAUGUCCCGUAGGGUGGUUAUUGAGUUGGAAUAAGAGAUAGAGAGAUUUUUCUAUUGUAUGAGGUUACUUUUUCCUUUAGUUACAUAUUUUCUAGUUUAAUUUUAGUCAGACUGUAUUUUUAGGAGCAUGCUACCAUUAUAAGUUAGAGAUAGCAAUAAGAGAUAACCAAUGUUGUAUACCAUAUUUUUGCCUUCUCUAGAUGUUUUGCAAUGGAUAAUGGAUCUGUGUUUAUACU